AUCCAUCCAUCUAUGGCGAACUAUAGCCAUGCAGCUGACAACAUUUUGCAAAAUCUCUCUCCUUUAACGGCCUUUCUGAAACUGACUUCCCUGGGUUUCAUAAUAGGAGUCAGCGUGGUGGGUAACCUUCUGAUCUCCAUCUUGCUAGUCAAAGAUAAGACCUUGCAUAGAGCUCCUUACUACUUCCUGUUGGAUCUUUGCUGCUCAGAUAUUCUCAGAUCUGCCAUUUGUUUCCCAUUUGUAUUCACCUCUGUUAAAAAUGGCUCUACCUGGACCUAUGGGACUCUGACUUGCAAAGUGAUCGCCUUCCUGGGGGUUUUGUCCUGCUUCCACACUGCUUUCAUGCUGUUCUGCAUCAGCGUCACCAGGUACCUAGCGAUAGCUCACCACCGCUUCUAUACAAAAAGGCUGACCUUUUGGACUUGUCUGGCUGUCAUCUGUAUGGUGUGGACCCUGUCGGUAGCGAUGGCUUUCCCCCCAGUCCUAGAUGUGGGCACCUAUUCAUUCAUUAGGGAGGAGGACCAAUGCACCUUUCAACAUCGUUCCUUCAGGGCCAAUGAUUCCUUGGGAUUUAUGCUGCUUCUUGCCCUCAUCCUCCUAGCCACACAGCUUGUCUACCUCAAGCUGAUAUUUUUUGUCCACGAUCGAAGGAAAAUGAAGCCAGUCCAGUUUGUAGCAGCGGUCAGCCAGAACUGGACUUUUCACGGCCCAGGAGCCAGCGGUCAAGCGGCCGCUAAUUGGCUGGCGGGAUUUGGAAGGGGCCCCACGCCACCCACCCUGUUGGGCAUUAGGCAGAAUGCAAAUACCACAGGCCGAAGAAGGCUGCUGGUCUUAGACGAGUUCAAAAUGGAAAAGAGAAUCAGCAGAAUGUUCUACAUCAUGACUUUCCUCUUCCUGGCCUUGUGGGGCCCCUACCUGGUGGCCUGUUACUGGAGAGUUUUUGCAAGAGGGCCUGUAGUUCCAGGGGGAUUUCUAACAGCCGCUGUCUGGAUGAGUUUUGCCCAAGCAGGAAUCAAUCCUUUUGUCUGCAUUUUCUCCAACAGGGAGCUGAGGCGCUGUUUCAGCACAACCCUUCUUUACUGCAGAAAAUCCAGGUUACCAAGGGAACCUUACUGUGUUAUAUGA